CAUGCGAGCUGAAAAAAAAUCGUAACAGGAAGUCCCAUCACACCAUGCUCCGGAAGCUUGAGUAAUGGCCCUCUGAGAACUGCAGUUGCUAGCUAACCGUGCGGAGCAGUCCUUGACGAGGCCAAUAGUUCUCUGUGUGCAACAAUAGGUAGAGUACCAGUGAGUUGUGUCAGUCCUCUGAGACCAGCCGUAAUUAAUAAGCAUGGCUAUGCUAAUUUAGCUAGUGCUAGCUGAAAUUGAACUUCGGACAACGGAUGACCGACGCUGGUCCAUGGGUGUGAGCCGUCUGGAUGUAAUUUAUAGAAGGCUACUCCUCACCAAACUCUUCAUUGGGGGAUGGGGGAAGCCUGAAGACCUCAAAAGAAUCUUUGAGUUCCGUAAGAUUAUUGGAGACAGAGAGAAGUGCAAGUCUCUUGUGCCUGAGGACUAUCCAGUUUACAUUAGCAAGACAGAGGAGCACUCCGACUGUCAUAUACAUGAUGGGUUCUUCAUCUCUCCUCUGGAGCACUGGGUUCCGGGAAUUCUGCCACCAGAGGCUCUCAAAGCCAGUUUUCAGUUUAUAGUUCCUAAGAGAUGGCAGAAGAACAGACCAGUAUGCAUCCACUUGGCUGGGACUGGAGAUCAUUUUUUCUGGCGUCGGCGGACCCUGAUGGCGAGGCCCAUGAUCAAAGAGGCAGGAAUGGCUUCAUUGCUUCUGGAGAACCCAUAUUAUGGUUCUCGUAAACCUAAGGACCAACUGUGGUCCAGUCUAAACAGUGUUUCAGACCUGUUUGUCAUGGGAGGGGCAUUGAUCCUGGAGUCAACAGUGCUUCUCCACUGGCUGGAGAGAGGAGGAUACUGGCCACUGGGAAUGACUGGCAUCUCUAUGGGAGGAUAUAUGGCAUCCCUGGCAGUGACUAACUGGCCGCAGCCCAUCCCUCUGAUUCCCUGUUUGUCUUGGUCCACUGCCUCAAGUGUCUUUACCACGGGUGUAUUGAGUAAAGCAGUGAACUGGACAGAGCUGGAGAAGCAGUAUGCCAUUAACUCAGUGUAUGAAGAGGAGAUCAUUCACCUGUUGGAGUACUGUGGGGUUGAUUCCUUAAGGAUGGGUACAGAACUUCUGAAGAAUGCGGACACUAUAGAGCAGCUUCUGGGUCUGUCUAGAGGUGAAAGAGCAUCAGUGGGCCAGUACACCAAGACUGGACGGGAAGGUGAGGUUGAACAAGGCCCAUUGAUUGGUGGACGCCCUAAAGGGGGCAGAGAUGGAGACAAAGACCUUCUGUUAUCAUCAGUGAACAACAGUGGGACAAGUUUGGACUCAAGAAGUCUACAUGCAAAGAGCACACUGCAUUGGAAGAAGAGGAAUUCAGCCAAAUGCUUUCGGCCAUCUUUGCAUAGAGAAUCGAUAAGCUUCAUGAAGGGUGUUAUGGAUGAAUGUACACACAUGGCCAACUUCUCUGGUGCAGGUGCAGGCACUGGUGGGGAGAGCGAAAGAGGGAAGAAAGCCCUGAACUGGAUCCUGAGAGCCUUGUAUCCCAGUGGAGCACUGGACCCAGGUGCUCCAGAUCUAGGGGGGAGCCACCAAUCAGCUGUUUACCUCGAAAAACCUGAAACAGUAACUAGCAGUGAUGCCACACACAACCAGGCUAGGGGGGACCGUUACAGUAAGCUACAUCAAACUAGUAAGACUAAAUUAAUGGUACAAGGUUCUGAUUGGACCAUUCGGAAUCAUUGCUGUAUGCUUUAAUGUCUAUUUCCUUAUACUGUUCUCUAUCAUUUAUUAAAUUGUGUCAAAUAUCACUCUAAAUGGAACUAUUUAGAUUUUAGUUGUACAUUAGGAUUUGAGAUUUCAUUUCUAGAAAAACAACAUUAAUGGCACAACUACAGCACUGGUUCAGUUACAUCUCUUAAGUGAAACAAAAAAUCCAUCACUCAUGUCUAUAAUGUUUUAAACCAAACUGAUGUGAUUAACAUGCAGAUUGUCCAGAAAAGAUAUUUGUUGUGGUUGUGCAUAUGAACUUCUCUUUUUGCUCCUGGGUCUUCUGAAUUAUGAUGCAAUUGUUGAUGCUUGCUUUGGUUUACUGUAUGAUAGAGAAUAUUUGUCAAAGCAAACUGGCAUAAGAAGAAUUCAACCAAUCAUUGUGCCGGAUUCUUGUGGGGUGAAUUAAGUUAACAUAAGAUUGUGUAUUUGCAAGUUUGCAUGUCCAGAAUUCAAUUUAAGUUGGCCAAUUAAGUUAUAUAGUCCUGUCCCCAUGUUGCAAUUGGUUAAAUGUUCCUUUUCAUAGUAUUCAUAAUAUUAUUUAUAGCAGCUAAACCCGUAAUUGCAAUUGCAGCUUGUGGAGGUAGCUUGUCAGACUCAGCACAACUGAGUCAUUCACUCAAUGACUAGAGGUAUGCCUACCAUAUUGAAAUGAUGACCAGUGAAGAGAGGCCAAAAGAGGGGUUAUAUGUGUGUGGUUAAAUGUCCCAGUAGAAAAUAAAUGGUACGUGUUCUUCGC